GAAGAGAAGAGAAGAUGUCUCAUGUCGUAAAGAAAAGAAAAUUGGAUAAAAGCCGCCAGGACAGACUUUACUUCGACAGCUACACGGAUGUGACCAUCCACGAGGAGAUGAUCGCGGACCACGUGCGCACCAACACGUACCGGAUGGCGAUCCUGAGGAACGGUGAGUCCAUACGGGGUAAAGUAGUCCUGGACGUCGGGGCUGGAACCGGCGUCUUAAGCAUGUUCUGCGUUCAAGCCGGCGCGAGGAAAGUCUACGCGGUGGAGGCGUGUUCUAUCGCCGAGCAGGCGGUGAAAAUAGUGGAAAAAAACAACAUGGAGGACAAGAUAGAAGUGAUCCGGGGCACCGUGGAGACCGUGGACCUACCUGAGCAGGUGGAGGUGAUAGUGAGCGAGUGGAUGGGGUAUGCACUCCUGCACGAGUCCAUGCUCAACUCGGUGCUUUACGCACGCGACAAGUGGCUCAAACCGGGGGGGGUCAUCCUGCCGAGCAAAGCCGAGCUCUACAUCUCCCCCAUCGGGGACCCGGUGGUGGAGGACCGCCUCAACUUCUGGUACACCGUCAAGGAGCAGUACGGGGUGGACAUGUCCUGCAUGUCGGACUUCGCCCGCAGGUGCAUCAUGAACUCUGACAUCACCGUGAACUCGGUGACCGUGGAGGACGUGCUCUCCCACCCGGCCCGCUUCGCAGAGCUCGACCUGUACUCGGUGACCGUGGAGGAGCUCCGGUCCGUGAAGGGGAAGUUCCGGUGCGAGUCGUUCGGCUCGGCGGCCGUGAACGCUUUCUGUGUGCACUUCACGGUCACUUUCCCCUGCCCGGACAACAAGCCGCAGGCGCUCGUGCUCUCCACGUCCCCGUUCAAACCGGAGACGCACUGGAAGCAGGCGGUGCUGUACCUGGACGCGCCGGUGGACGUGGUGCAGGACACGGCGGUGACCGGGGAGAUCAGCAUGUUCCCCUCCGAGGAGAGCGCGAGACAUAUAUGCAUCCACGUGGACUACACGAUAGGAGAGCAGAAAAGACAGUCCAAGACCUUCUCCAUCCCGGACUGGAGCAGUGAAGCCCACUCAUAGUGGAAUAAAACACUGUGUUACUGUUUAAAUCACACACAAAAGUUCAAAAGUGGUCAAAAGUUUUAGAACACACCAACUUUUCCAGAAUUUAAUUGAAAAUGAUGCAGUUUAAUGUCUCAGUGUACUCUGAAAUUAAUGCACAUUUGCAAAAAAUUCUUUAUUGAGCAUGAUAGUGUUUUGAAAGUCAAAAAAAGAUUCAAAGUCACAUUUUAUGUUGGACUAAAGGACUAAAAAAAGACACAAAAUGACUAAAA